AUGGGCGCUGCCACGACGAGGCUGCUCAGAACUACCGCUAUUAACUACGACGAUGAUGAAGAAAGACUCGCCGGCUUCGACACAAUCACGAAGCUUGUCAAGUCAGGGAAGGAAAAGUACAAGGAAAGCAAGCAGUUAAAGUCAUGGCUAAAGGACAAACAGUCGGCAGACGAGGUUUUCGGGUUGCUCAAGCUCGACGACGGAGUCGGGAACGUGCUGACAAAGGAGAAAGUAAAGGUCUGGGCUUCUUACGUCUCCAAGUUCAACAAAAAGUAUCAGAACGACAGAGUGUACAUGAUUGACAUGCUUGUGGCUCGCUACGGGGACGACGGUGUAUCGAUGAUGAUCGAGGCUGCCAAAAGAGACCCAGUUGCGAAGAAAUUGGCAGAUAAAUUGCAAACAGAUCAGUUUCGAGGCUGGAUUCGAAGCGAGAAAUCUGCCGAUGACGUGUUCAAGAUCCUCAAACUGGACGAUCCAGCAAAUAUUGCCAACUCGAAUAUGAACGCUUGGCUCAAAUAUCUCGAUGUAUUCAACCAUCGGUUCCGAGACAAGGCAACAAACAUGCUUGACACCUUCACGAGGGUCUAUGGCGGGGAGAAAGAGCUUGCCAAGAUGCUUGUAGCUGCGCAGAAAGUGCCAGCUACAAAACUACAAGCUGAGGAGCUGCAGGCUGCGCUGUUCACAAAGUGGUUUAAGAAUGGAUGGCAAACAAAGGAUGUCAUGACACAAGUAUUGAAGUUAGAUAAGACGAACUGGGCUAUAAGCCCAGACGCAGUCAUUCUGACCCAUUACAACAAGUUUUACAAAAACCAAGUAAUCCGCAACGAUAUCCAAUAG